GUUACUGUUUUGGGUAGUCCACUUUAGGGGUGACUCGACCAGUUCUCGGUAGAGUUAUCACUAAGGUGGGCCCCGCAGGGCCACCUCGGGUUCCAGGGUGGAAUCCGGGGCGGGUCCUGUCAGGCAAUCUGAAAGUAAAAUCCGAUUACAAAAAUCCAUAGCAAUUCCAAAAGAUUUGAAAGGAAAGCAAUUCGAAAAUGCAAAACCACAAAAACCAUGCAACCAAGCAUCAAACCACAAAACCCAGAAGAAAAACAAGAAUUAAAACCCAAAAAAGCCAGGUACUUCAGAUCAAUACCCAAUUACCCAGAUUCCUCUUCUUCUUCUUCUUCUUCUUCUCGUUGAUUCACACAGGUACCAGAACUGAGGAGAACAGCUUCACAUAUUAGCCGACAAUAGCAAGGACAAAAACGGCUUUUCGACCAGCUUGAUAUUCUAUCCGAGUGGUGAUGACAAAAUCGACUUUUCAAAACUCUUAUGAACAGUGUAACAGUAAACCAACGCUUUAUAUAUAGUAUAAUCGGUCCCGUUCCCUUGGUCAGUUGUUGACCAUGGAUUAUUUGCUCAACUACCGUCGGAUUUCAAUCGGACGGUUGACAUGUAUCAUCUCUAAAAAAUCUAAAUACAUGUCAACCGUCCGAUUUCAAUCAGACGGUAGUUGAGCAAAUAAUUCCUGAUCAGCGGAGCAAAUAAUCCCUGGUCAGCAGCUGACCAGGAGAACAUCUUUGUAGCAUAAUUACCCAUAUUGAAACACUUCUUCAUAUCGCUCCGAUCAAAAAAAAAAAAAAAAAGGGAAAAAAAAGUCUUUAUUAUUACACAUACUGAACCACUCUUCUUAGUUAUCUCUCGGGUAGAGGCAUUAUAAUCUCCCAUAUUUUUGGUCACCUAGAAAUUUGAACUCCCAGCUCUGUUUUUUGGUUGAUACACUCUUCUCUCCUCUUCCUCAGCAAAACGCAAAAUUUCAAUCCUAGAGAGAGGCUACCGUUGCAGUUCAUCAGAGAAAGUUUGAAAUCAAAUCGAUGGAGGACACUAGUUUCCCCAAUUCUUCCGCCGAUGUCAUGAAGGUUUUCAAGGAUGCAACCAAAGACUGUGAGGACAAGGUCUUGAAAAAAAUGUUUGACUCCAUUGGGGACUAUGACUCCCUUAACAAAUUUGCCUUUCAAUUCUUCGGUAUAUUGGUAAAUUUCGGCAUCCCUGAGGAAGCCAAAGAGCUCUUCAAGCCUCGCUCUCAGUUGGCUGUACUGCCUGACGCGGCCAUCUUCACCAUUGUCAUUCUGGCCUAUGCCAAUGCCGGAAAGACCAAGGCUGCCCACAAGGUCUACCAGCAAAUGAUAGCCACCGGUGUCGCCCCCACUUCCUGCACUUACACCAUACUCAUCAUGGCACUUGCAACAGACUCGUCUUCUGAUGCUGGACAAGGGGAUGAGGCCAAGAAGUGCUUGCUUGAGAUGAUGGACAAGGGGAUGAGGCCUAAUGCUGCUACCUACACUGCUGUGAUAGAGAGCUUUGCAAAGCAAGAGGACGAGGCAUCUGAGGAGGAGUGCAAAGAGUUUGUGGAAGUGAUGGUGGGUAAGGGGUUUGUUCCAAACUCAAAGGCUAUGAGGGAGGUUCUAAAGGGAAGGCCAACUCCAUUAGUCAAAAGGGUCAGGACCGUUGUCCUUUCCAAGUUGAAGGGCUGAUGCUUUGCUUUAUGAAUUUUAUGCAAGCUGCUUUAGGAUUAGGAUGUUUCAGAGAUGGAGUUGGAAAUCAUGGAGAUGGAGUUUAUUCUCUAUUUGUCUCUUACUUUGAUGUCAACAUUCACAAUCCCACAAAAUCCCACAUUGGAGCCCAUUCCUACAUGAUUUUCUACUUCAAUGUCAGCACUGACAACAAUAGAGAAUAGCACCAAAUCCCGGCCCCUGUUCACGCAGAAUCCUACAUGAUUUCCAACUCCAUCUCUGAAACAUUCUAAUCCUAAAGCAGCUUGCAUAAAAUUCAAAAGGCAAAACAUCAGCCCGUGGACUUGGAAAGGACAAUGGUCAUGACCCUUUCGAGUAAUGGUGUUGGCAUUCCCUUUAGAACCUCCCUCAUAGCCUCUGUGUUUGGGACAAACCCCUUACCCACCAUCACUUCCACCAACUCUUUGCACUCCUCCUCAGAUGCCUCGUCCUCUUGCUCUGCGAAGCUCUCUAUCGCAGCAGUGUAGGUAGCAGCAUUAGGCCUCAUCCCCCUGUCCAUCAUCUCGAGCAAGCACUUCUUGGCCUCAAGCAAUGUCUUCAACAGUUUAGGCAGUUUCUUGUGUGCAAGUUUGUUGGGUGAUUAGUAUGGCCGCUGGUCAUGUUGCUCAAGUAGCUGGCUGUCCGUUCCACAUCUACUGAUCCAUGGGGAGAGGGAAUCGUCUUGGCCCAGCUUUUAGCUAGCAGAAUGGCUACUUGAGUUGUUUCAGUCAAGUUCCCUGUCGGUGAAAUUCUGACCAUAUUUUACCAAUGAAGACAUUGUGUUGGUUCAGAUGGUGUUCGUCUUGUCAUCUUAGCUUUACAGUAAUGAGUCUUCUGCAUAAGAGAAUAUGUUCCCUCUUCUUCUUCUUCUUUCACGCUUUUGCACCUUCUUGUUUGGUUGCCGAUGAGGAAAAUUGAAAUAGGGCGUUUCUGUGCUUAGAGUGCUUGUAGUAUGAGGCUGGCGGGGAUGGAGGACACAGUGGAGCUGCUGGAGAAAAGGCAAGCAUCGGAAAUUUCGAAGAUGCUUUCAGCCAUUACCUCAAUUUGAUGGGCAUUGCUGAAGUUCAUCACAGGUCACUGAACGACUUGGGAAAAAAAAAAUAGGGUUAAAUUUCAUAUAUCUCUUGGUGACAUAUUUUACAACCAAUCGACUCUUGCUUGCUUCAUCAUCGGUAGUAGCAACUCUUAAUCCCCAAUCUAUGAAUUAACUCCUGCUUUCUUCAUCAUCUGUCAAUUUGUUAGUCUAUGGUUGGUGAAUGAAUUUUGGCAGGCAAUGUUGUUUUUGAUUUAGAGUUUCUGUCUGAAUUGUCGUAGUUUUGUUUGAUUUGGAAUGUAACUGGAAUAUUUGCAGCAUUGUAUUUCAUUUUUGAUUAUCAUGAAUCUUUGCCUUUUGGUUUUUUUAUGAUGUAUUAGCUGAUAUACUUGAUAUGCUAAAACAAAUUUUGAGGGGAUCAUGGAUCAUUUUGUGUUGCAGCUCUUCAUGCUUUGUCAAACUUUCAUUGUUUUUUUAUUUAUGUGAGUAUAGUCAAUCUUAUUGACUAAUUGGAGGUCCUGGAUUAUGUGUGGUUGCUACAGAUAAGAGAGUUGGCUCUUUAAUAGAUGCAUGUGCAAUUAUUACUUGAUCCUUAGAACGCAUAGAAGGUUCAAGUAUUUCUUUCGGUCAGCAUAUUAUUGUUCCCAUUUCUCUUGAAUAUAUAUAUAUAUAUAUAUAUAUAUAUAUAUAUAUAUAUAGGUCAAUAUUCGUUAUGGGUUUUACUUCUGUUUGUUAUACCGAAGAGGUUGUGAUUAACUUCUAUGUUUUAUUUUCCAUGGUUCUGUUUGUUCUGUUGAUUUUAUAUAGUGUUAGAAGGCAUGUUUGGAAACACAUUACAGUGGUUUAAUACAAGUGUUAAUGAUAUUUUGUUAUGGUUUCUGCAAUAGCUACUGAAAUUGUUUCAGUUCAUAUUAGUUAGUAGUGAGCCACUCAUAAACUUUUUUCAAUAAAUCAUUUUCUUGAGAUUCAUUUUGUCACUUCAUGUGUCCAACAAUCCAGAUAAACUCUGCUCUCAGUGCUUUGUACUGACAACUCAGAGGAAUUUAGGUAGUGUUUUAAAAUGUUUUAGACUGUAUAGAGAAGCAGCACUGUAGAGUAAUCAAUGACUAUGCAAAGCUGUUUGAGUUUUUAUUUCUUAUUUGUGUACUUUUGUUGUUCUUGGAAUUCAAACAGAGCAUGUGAGUUGUGAAUUGUCUUUUCUAAUUUAGUAUUUCAUAUUUCGCAUUGCUUAGGGUUUAGAAUAGGAAGUGCUUUACUACAUAUUUAGCUUUACCAAUGUGUACUGGUUUUGUCAUGCUGCUGUAGAAUAUGUACUCCAAAGUGGAUCUGAUUCUGUUGGUCAUGAACAAACUGAAAUGUCUUGGGACUGCUAUUAGUUUCUUCAAAAUAUUUUAAGUUUGAAUUACUGUACGUAUAUAAUUAAACAUGCUUUCAAUUACUGUCUUCAUAUGCAAGUUCAAUGUUUUACAUUAUGAGAAGGAGAUUUUUUUGGUUUAAAGUAUGAGAAUGUGAGAAUUUUGAAGUAGUUGUCUAUUUGCUUAUUAUUUGCUGUGUUUACCUUGCGACAAAUCAGCCAUAUUUGUUACUGUUGUGACAGAGUUUGUUUGUUGGAAUGAAGAAGCAAUCACCAGAUGCACUUUCUUCUCAUCCCAAGUAAUAUUUGUUCUUUCAAGCAAUGGUAGAUUUUCUACUCAAGAGUUUUAAACAUGUAUCUCAUUAUCUGGUUUACUAGGGGUUGAGGAAAUUAUGUGGUCAGUAUCUUCUAAAGUUGGUAUUUUUUCCCCAAGUUUUCUUUUGAAUGUUUGCCAUUGUUGUCUUUUCAAAAUAAUGUUGAUCUAAUAUGCUUACUUAGGACUACAUGCAUAUAGCCACGCAUAUCGCCUGAGCGUAACUAAUUAAUACAGAGACUUAGAAUAUUCUUAUUCUUGGCUGGCUAGCUAUUCUUCGCAUAUGUCCUGACCUAUAAGGAACCUUAUUAAAAAAGGAAUAUGAGGUCUGCUAGCUCCUUCAUAUCAGCAAAAGUAUUGUGUAGGCUUUGUCUCUUCAGUUUCUUUUUGGGUUUAGCUGUCUUCUUCCUGUGCCAAGCUUCUUAACUUUGCUUCGGAUUUCCAUUUUCAUUUGUUUGUUUUAUUUUGUUUAGUAACUUUUAAGGAGGUGAAUCUCAACUGGAUAAUCUCAUUAGGCACCAGAAGAUUGUAUCUUUCUGGCGAGUCCCUGUUAUCUUAUAUUUCUCUUUUGUAUCGGUAUGUAUUUGUAUUUAUAUUUUCUGUGCUUAUGGCUAGGGGAUAAAUCGAAUAAGUGCUAUCUUUGUUUAUAGAUUGACUGUUUGAAAUAUGACUCGGUGAAAAUGAGGGAGUUGGAAAUUAGAAAUCGGUAUUGUAGACAUGUGUCAGUGAGCAUACUUAAAUUGUUUCAAUUCACUAUCAUGCCUUAUUUGAGUGAUACAUGAAAUUUGCUUCUGUAUAGACUAUUUUUUAUUACAAAUUUCAGUUUAUCAUUUGGUGAUUAACAUUUUUAGCCUUUUGCUUAUUUCUAGCCCUUGCAAUUUGAUUAAUUUGCAAUAUAUUUGCACAGGGUUGUUUCAGUAAGGAUCAAAGAACUUGCAGUUUUAUAUCAAUCACUUAAUCUUCAGGUAUAUACCCCUUCCAUUUAUUUCUUUAGAUUUUGAUUCUUCUUAAUGGCACAGGUGCGUAGACUGCAUAUAGCUGCAUUAGGUGCUUUUGAUUGAUGAGACAUGCACUAGAAUCUGUAUUGUGAUGGUAUUGCUCUGCUAAUGAAAAUUAGUUAGCUUGGAUUUGAUUGAUUAGCAUUAGAAACUUCAUUUGCUAUUGGGUUUUUAGUUUCAGUCUCUGCUUCUGACAUUGAAGUAUUGGGAUCAUAAAUUCUUAAUUUUUUUGUAAAGAAACAAAGGAGAAGAAAUCCUGGAAGGAGUUUGAUUAUGUAAUCCAAUAGCAGAUAUAUGAAUCUCUGGUUUCUGUGUAUGAAUGUUGUUUUCUAUCAAUCUGCAGCUUUGAUCUUCAAUUAAUUGUGAGGACAACAAGCUUCUACAAUACAUUUUUAAGUGAUAGAUUAUAAUAUUUAAGUACAACGUAUUUGGUAAUGUAUGUUUGAAUGUAUGGCAAUACAUUCUAAGAUUUCUAAA